AUGGUGGCUCGAGUGUGGUCGCUGAUGAGGUUUCUCAUCAAGGGCAGCGUGGCAGGGGGCGCAGUCUACCUGGUGUACGACCAGGAGCUGCUGGGACCCAGUGACAAGAGCCAGGCAGCCCUUCGGAAAGCCGAGGAGGUAAUCCCUCCAGCCAUGUAUGAGUUCAGCCAGUACGUGUCCAAGCAGAUGGGCCUGCAGAUACCCCAGAUCCCACCCCCUCCGAAGCUUAACUUUUCCAUUCGAGACUCGUGGAAUUCAGGUAUCGUCACGGUGAUGUCAGCACUGUCGGUGGCCCCCUCCAAGGCCUGCAGCUACUCUAAGGAGGGCUGGGACUACAUCAAGGAGCGUGUCAGGGAGCAUUCCAAGACUUCAGAAGUGUUGCUCAACCAGUGUGCUGGGCCUGGGGCUCCUGGUGGCUCCUCUGGUGCCAUCUGGAUGCUGCCCACUGGGGCGUUCAGCCUGGGGGGGUCCAGGCGGACAGUGGGACCUCUUGCACCCAGUGGAGACAGUGCUCGGGGUGCUGGGAAGACUGAGAAGGUGCUGAAGUCUAAGAUGACCCCCGUCAGCUGGGGCCCUGAUGAGAUCCACCGGUCACAGGCCUGA